CUCCUGAGUACUCUCAAAACUCCUAACCACAAAUUCACAGUAAGGAAGCAGUGAGUCGGGACCUACUCCGUACAUGAUUUGUACAAUCAGUCUUAGACGCCAAAGUCAAUGUUCCGCCAUGCACUGCGAAUAGCUUCAUCUUGUCGUCGAGCGGAUUAUAAGGCGGGCAUAGGCCUCCGACAUCAGUCAUGGCCUGUUGUUUACGUGCGCAUUCGCGCGCUCACUGGUGCGCCCUUGGUCACUGACACCAGGUCGUCGACCCUCGGCAAUGACACCAUCUACGCCCUGUCGUCCGGCUCCGGCAGGGCAGGAAUAGCUGUGGUUCGUGUAUCUGGGCCUGGCUGCCUAGAUGUCUAUCGAGGACUAUGUCCAACCAAAGCUCCACCCAAGCCAAGGUACGCGGGUGUAAGGACCUUGUUUGAACCGGGCUUCGCCCAUGUUCCUGAUGCCAAUAUUGUCGAUUCCGACUCCCUUAUUUUAUACUUUCCGGGCCCGAGGACUGUAACUGGAGAAGAUGUCCUAGAGCUGCAUGUUCACGGAGGGUCCGCGACCGUGAAGGCGGUACUUUCCGCCAUCGCCAAAUGCUCAUCUCCAGCAAAGAUUCGAUAUGCCGAGCCAGGAGAGUUCACCAGACGCGCGUUUCUCAAUGGCCGGCUUGAUCUCGCCCAAGUCGAGUCUCUGGGCGAUACGCUUGCUGCCGAGACUGAGCAGCAGCGCCGGGCAGCCGUCCGUGGCAACUCGGGCGUUCUCGGCAAGACAUACGAGGUCUGGCGUGAACAGCUACUUCUGGCUCGUGGCGAGAUAGAGGCGCUCAUAGACUUCUCUGAAGAUCAACACUUUGACGAGUCACCGGCGGAACUGCUUACCAACGUUAAAGCGAUGGUUGAGCAGAUUCUUCACUCUAUCCAGCUUCAUAAGCUUGGCAGCCAGAGAAGCGAGCUGCUUCGGCAUGGAGUUCGAAUUGCCCUUUUGGGGCCGCCCAACGUCGGCAAAAGCUCGUUGAUGAACCAAAUUGUUGGCCGCGAGGCUUCCAUCGUCUCUUCCGAAGCAGGAACCACUCGCGACGUUGUCGAAGCAAGCCUUGACAUUCGGGGUUACCUAUGCUCCUUUGCGGACACCGCCGGAAUCCGGACCAAGUCGGUUAGUAAUCCGGACGAAACUCCGGCAUCAACAAUUGGCGCUAUUGAAGAGGAAGGAAUUCGAAGAGCACGACGAAAGGCACUGGAUUCAGACGUUGUCAUCGUUUUGGCGUCCGUCGAGCCGACCAAAGGCGGCGGUCAUCGAAUAAGCUACGAUACUGAGACGCUACAAUUGGCAGCUGGUGCGCAGCAGUGCUUGGUUGCGGUGAACAAGAGUGACGUGGUGAGCCCGGAGACGCUCGAGCGGCUUAUCCAGGAUUUCAAAUCUUCGGCAUUAGAAAGCACCCCCGGCCUCAGUGGCAAAGAGCCGCUCACCAUAUCCUGCAAGGCUGCAGCAUCACCGCCAACUCCAGGGCUGGUUGAUCCUGGGGGUGUCCAUGGACUCACUGAGAAACUGGUUGAGUCGUUCUCUCACCUGACAUCGCUACCCGGCGACAUGCAGCACCUGCUUGGCGUUACCGAACGACAGGUUCAACUUCUUUCCGAGACGGAGAAACAUCUCCAAGAUUUCUUGACUGCGGCACAGACCGGCGGUCCCGACGGCGAGGCUGAUGUCGUGCUCGCUGCGGAGCACUUGCGUCUUGCCGCCGCCCAGCUCGCCGCCAUAACUGGACGAGGAGAAUCCGGAGAUGUCGAGGAGGUUCUAGGAGUCAUCUUUGAGAAGUUCUGUGUCGGAAAAUGAUUGUGAAAUUCUCUUCUAAAAUCUAAUACAAGAGAAGGUGUUUUACACCACCCCGCGAGGGGUCGAAAGUCAUGAACCCGUUCUAGCGGCGCCUAUCCAAGCCAAAUGCGCGAGCAUGCCGUCGUCCGAUCUAAACCCAUCCCUCUAUGUCUUCUAGUUGUACAAUGUAACCGAAACGUGGGAGAAGAAGCUGCAGCGCAACCAGUUCCCCCGAACCACUCAGGUGCUGUCAUGUAUUAUCUGGUUGGCGUUGCCGCGGUUCGAGGGCCUCGAUAGGCUUCGAAGCUGUUUAAUGCUGCUUAUCCUCCUCGUCGUCCUUGUCAUCC